UGUAUUGCGGCGCCGCGGCGCUGGGGGAGACGAGAGUGGCGGUUCCGCUGAGGCGGUUCUGAGCGUGAGAGACCCUCAUCGUCCCUCUCGCAGCGCCCGCGAUGUCUGAAGCGGCGGUGGCCGACACGCGGCGCCUCAACUCGAAGCCGCAGGACUUGACGGAUGCCUACGGGCCGCCCAGCAACUUCCUAGAGAUCGACAUCUUCAACCCGCAAACCGUGGGCGUCGGUCGGGCCCGCUACACCAGCUAUGAGCUCCGCAUGAGAACAAAUCUGCCCAUUUUCAAACUGAAAGAGUCCUGCGUGAGGAGACGAUAUAGCGACUUUGAGUGGCUGAAAAAUGAACUGGAGCGAGACAGUAAGAUUGUAGUGCCUCCACUGCCUGGCAAAGCCUUGAAACGCCAACUUCCUUUCAGAGGAGAUGAGGGCAUCUUUGAAGAAUCUUUCAUAGAAGAAAGAAGACAGGGCUUAGAACAAUUCAUAAACAAAAUCGCUGGACACCCAUUGGCACAGAAUGAGCGAUGCUUACACAUGUUCCUGCAAGAAGAGACCAUCGAUAGGAAUUACGUCCCAGGGAAAGUUCGCCAGUAGGGGAGCCUGGCAUUCUCCAUUUCUCUCUCUCUCUUCCCCCUGCAAAAAUGACAUUUAUUUUUACAAUGUCCCUUCUGAACCAGCUUUUUCUCUUUGAACCGCCCCACUAGUCCAGUGUUGCCUGCCAUGCUGUCCCAUUCCACCCCCUUAUCAGGCAGCAGUGUUUGGUUCUGUUGGUCUUUGGUCUCUGCAUUAAAGAUGAGAAUCUGCACCUAUUGUUUGUUGAAAUUGAGCCAAGAACUAGUGUAAGGUAUUGCAGCAAGCAUCAGAUGUGCAAAGAUGGGGAGAGUUCUGAAGCCUAGACAUCUGUUCCCCUCUCAAUGCCGCCACAGACCUCUGUUGGUGAGUAAAUGAUCCUGGAGCUCCUCCCCUUGCUGUUGUGGAUGUUUCUGUGGCUGUUCCUAUGCCCUUAUGGUUAACAUUCAUCCCAGACUUAAGCCUGGCACUGGAAAGCAACAGGUGUUUUCCUUGUCUGCUAGGCUGAUACUGCAGGCCAGAUGCACCUUGACGGCUUCCUUGUUCAGCAAAAAGGGCUCUUCUGAGGGUCCUCUCUCCAUGUUACAGUAUGUUUGGAGUUUUUAGCUGCUAAUCCUGCUCCUAAGAAUAUCUUUAGCUUUGCAUCUCCAAAGUCAAGGAGGGAUUAUUUUUUUUUUAAAUCCAGGGUUUGAAGCGCCUCAUUGAAAGCCUCUGGUUCCCAUAGCAGGGAGACACUCCACCCCAGGCUGUGAUUUGCUUGAUGCCAGAAUCUUGUUCAGGUCUGGGUAAAUAAGGUUGUUGGUUUCUUGUGAAAUUUGACUUUAAUGCCUGCAGAGCAGUGUUUCUCCAAGGAUUGCCAAGUGAGAGGCAUAGUAAGCAGCCAAAGCUAAAGUAUGUUCAACAUAUGGAUUCUGUGGCUGAUAGAUGUCUUCAGUUACACUUGUUUGCCUCCAUCUGUGGCUACAAUGUACAUGUAACUAUUUAUUAUUCAUUAGCAAUGUAUAUUAGAAGGUCUUGCACUUACUGUUCAGGUCAUCUAAGGAACCUCUUCACCUGAUUUGAAGAAACAGGCAUCCUUAAUCCUAGAUUUUGUGGAUGUGCGGGUUACAGACUUCAGAAGUUGUAUAUCUCAUGUCUUGGGAUGGGAGAAACAACAUCAGAGGGCAGAAGGAACCUCUGUAAAAACUCUAUGCCGGAGGGGGAGGGGCGAGAGACAGGAGUAAUUCACUACCUAAUGUGUGAGGCUAAUGAAAAGCAGAAAAUAUAUCUCCUCUGGGCUGCCACUGAAAACACUAGGAAAAAACAGCACUAGGCAGUCCUGUCUGUUGGUGGAGAGGUGCUAACUGGUGUGGAACCUUAUUUUUCUGUUUGAAGCAGCCUGCUGCUUCCUCCUGGAUCAGCAUUAGCUAAGGGUUUUUCAAACCCUUCAUCAGUGCACAAGGCUGAAGAUCAGAGGCUGUUACUGCUGUGCAUACAUUCUGAUGUGGGGCUUAUAAUUCAGCAAACUGUCUUUGGUUUACUGUCUAAUGUAAUGUCCAAGAUUUGUUCAUAUUAAACCACUGUGAAGCCAA